AUGCGGCUCACACUCCUUGCCCUCUCCCUCCCCCUCGCUCUCGCCCAGGCCUCCUCCAACUCCAACACCCAGUCCCAGUCUGCCAGCCAGACAGCGAGCACAUCGUCCAACGCAACUUCUAGUGCCAGCACCAAUUCCACCUCUACCCAGGCGUCCACCACCCAGACGACACUCACCACCACACUCACAACAUUUCCCACGACCACGUCUCUGAGCGAAAACCCCGCUCCCUCUACCUAUACCCUCACCUUCACCCUCUCCUCCUCGUCCGACGCCAACUCGACGUCUAUAGACGACCAACUGGCGAGCUUGAACACUUCCAUCUCGAACGGCACAUAUACAGACGACAUCGCUCCUGAUAACGGUACACUGUGGCAUGAGGGUGACGGCUGGAUUCCGUUCCAUAUUGUCAUUGACCCAGCGUAUGGUAUCGCCGGCGCAUUCUUGAUCAUCACCGGUAUACCCGUCGCCACGCUAGGUGGCAAGAACAGGUGGUCUGCCUUGGCGAUCUCUUCUGGCUACGCUCUGAUGCUCUUCACACUCGUCUUGAUCCUUCGCUUCGGUGUCGAGCCAGACAUCAACACUCUCAACCCCAAUCCACCCAGCAAAACCACCCGCGGCCUGUACCUCCUGGCCACCCUCGUCUCUGCCCUCAUAGGCGGUGGUGCCGGUAUCUUCUUCUUCACCUUUGCCAAACACGCCAUCUCUGCCGGUGGAGGAUUCACGUUCGCUUGGUUCCUUCUUGCCUGCAAGGAAGGCGGCUUGGUCCCGAAGACACUGGGAAGAUGGGGCCUUAUCGGAGGAAUGACGGUCGCCUGGUUUGUUGCUGGGCUGCCAAAGUUGACAAACGAGUGGAUGAUGUUGGUUUCGACUGGUUUCAUUGGCGCUACUGCUUUUGUGUUGGGGGUUGACUGCUACACCCGAGCCGGGCUGAAAGAGUUCUAUAUCUACAACCUCGGUUUCCACGACCUCUUUCCCAAGCUCAACGGAGCCAAGUUUCCUCUUACGCAGACCAUGAUGAUUGAGCUCGGCAUCAUUGGUGCUUUCGUCAUUGUAGGAGCCGCUAUUCAGUUCCGCGUCCUCAACAUCCUGUCCAAAAAGCUCAAGCACAUCCAGGAAGAAGAAGAUGCCAAAAUCGAAGCUGUCGAAGUCGCUCGGGCCGCGGAGCGAUUCAAGAAUGUCGGCGUAGAGCUCGAGGAAUGGGAGGGCAAGUAUGGAGUGAAUGGUACCGGUGGAGAGGUCGUGGAAGACAAGGAGAAGCAGUACGCGGCCUAUGAGGCUGGAUAUCGAGAGAGGCAAGCGUCGGCCCAAGCGGCGGACCGAUCGAGCGUGCUCUUACCUCAGCUCGGUUGGGACGAUUCUCUCGAUUCUCGACCGAGCGAGGAAACGAGCUUUACCCAUACUCGCCAAGCCAGUAGCACCCUCUCUCUACUCAACCACGACUCUCUCUCCCGACCUCGUCGACCAUCUUCGUCCCUGAGUCUUUUACGUCAGCCCUCUGCCCCUGGCGCAAAAGACAAGAAGGGUCUGUAUGAGAGUGUCAACCCCGAUACGCCUACGCCUACCGGGAGCAUAUUUGGCAAUCUGGGGAUGGAAGAGCUGAAACUCGACCUCGAUACCACUCCACGAUCUGACCCCUCUUCCCGACCCGCUCCUGGCAUGUCCACGGACGACGAUCUCGAAGAGAAAAUCCGACUUCUCGACGAUAUCAAAAAAGCCCGCGAAAGUCUCCGUGGCUCUCUCGAUAUGCUCCGCUCCGGCACCCCAGGCUCAUCUUCUCUCGGGGAAAAUGAUCGCGAACGCCGAUAUUCUAGCGCCUCUGGCAAGCUUCUCGAUGACCCCCGAGGACGCACGACCUCUGUUGGGUCCAUGCCUCUAUCGGGCAGGUCCACCCCGCUCGAGCCUGUGAUGACUCAGCCUCUCAACGAUGCCGUGCGCCCCGCGAAAGAGGCCCCAACAUCUGAAUGGGAUGCAUACCUCGCUUCUCGCCAGAUUGUCACUCCUACGCCCACCUCUCCGCACUCUUCUUCUCACUCCCCAUACCCAACCCAGCCGACCUCUGCCACAGCGUCAUACUUUCCUUCCCGGGAACGUCCUAGGGAGAGCGAGUAUAUCGACAUGCCUAUGAGCGUAGCGAGGGGUAUCGAAGAGCGGAGAAAAAAGACGAAGAGUAUGUUGGACCAAAGGGUGUCUGACUUUGGCCCUCGCGACGGUGGCGCCGGUGGAGCGACUUACCCUCAGGAGCAGAGGCAUGGAAGGUCGGAAGGUCAUGGACGAGAGAGUUACUACGGCCACGGCCAUCAUGGCUCUUUCUCUUCUGAACGUCUUCUACAACAGCGUUUCAGUUCUUCCGCUUCGUACUACCAGCCCCAGCCCAGCUCUCAGCCUCCUCCUCCCGACCAGGGUCAAGGCCCACAACCAGAGAGAAGGUCGCGCACAAUGUCAUACGACCAGCUUGCCUUGCGGCACCGCAACAGACUUUCCCAGCUCCAGAUGCCUGUGACGCACAAGCUUCGAGAAGGGGAUGAGCAUGAGGAGAAGAAAAAGAUAGAGGAGGAGAAGAAAAAAUGGGAGAUAAGGCAGAAAGAGGAGCGGAUCCGAGCUGAGCGGGCUGGACGAGCACGGGAAGAGGGAAGGGAGAGUAUGGCAGGGAGAGGAGAGGGGAGGAGGAAAGAGGAGAUGGAGGACUGGAGAAGGAGUGUGGUGCUUGAUGCUGCUGCUCCAGCCCUUGGACCGGGACCGGGCGGGAAGAAGGUGGAGAAGCGGCAGAGUCGGAUUGUAAAUUAG